AGAAACUCCUCAAGCACUUCAUCUGAGCGAUGUAGAGACACUUCUGCUGCUUCUGACAGAUUUAGAGUUUGGAGAAAAAAAACAAAAACAAUGGCAAAUAUGAUUUCUGCAUGUCUGGAGAUUGUUGGACUCUGCUUGACCGUCACCGGGACUCUUUUGGUGAUGGUAGCCUGUGGGUUGCCCAUGUGGAAAGUGUCCGCCUUCAUUGAAGGCAACAUUGUGGUGGCGCAAAACAUCUGGGACGGGCUGUGGAUGUCCUGCGUUGUUCAAAGCACAGGUCAGAUGCAAUGCAAAAUGCACGACUCUGUCUUGGCGCUGACCACUGACCUCCAGACAGCUCGGGCUCUGACUGUCAUCUCUGCGGUUUUGGGGGUCCUGGCUCUCAUGAUAACCAUCGCCGGUGCUCAAUGCACCAAUUGCAUCAACACGGAGUCCAUCAAAUCCAAAGUGGUCAACGCCGGAGGCGUGAUGUACAUCGUCGCAGGCUUGUUUGUUCUGAUUCCUCUGUGCUGGAUGGCCAAUAACAUCAUCUCAGACUUCUACGAUCCUCAAGUUCCCUACGCCAAAAAGAGAGAAAUCGGAGCUGCGCUGUACAUCGGAUGGGCAGCAUCUGCAAUGCUUCUGGUCGGAGGAGCGAUUCUGUGUUUCUCCCGUCCACAUGAUGAGAAAUCCACAUAUCCACUUAAAUAUAUCCCUCCGCCGACAAAAGGCACAUCGAUCAAUGGGGACUAUGAUAAACGAAACUACGUCUGAUCAAGAGGCUAACUAUAUGGACUUUUGCAGGUGCAAAUGGACUUUUAAAACGAUAAUGCUGAUGAUACACCGUGGACCUACUUUGGGAAAUGAUCCCAUAGGCAACUAGGUGUUACUAAUUAGGGCAAUGGGAUCCAGAUACAAUAUUGUUGCCUAUUCUUAAUGGAAAAGCAACUUUACAACAUUGCAAAAUCGCUCAAAAAGUCGCCCUGUGUAUCAUCAGCAUAAGGGUAGCUUACCGAUAAGCAUGUUUUUUAUGUUUUGUACACAUUUGUACUGAUCUUCAAUUCUUUUAUAUGACUGUACAGUGUAAGAAUUAUUUUUAAAGUGCAAAUGUUGCAGGUCAUAUUGAUAAAAAUGCCAUUUUUUUACAUGCAACAAGUCUUGUAUUGAACUAGUCAACAUUUAAAGUGGAUCAAGAGUGACCCAAGACAAGAGUGGGUAUUGUUCUGAUGUUUUUCCUAGUUUUUUUAAUCCAAUUCAAAUGUACUGUAGAUUCAUUUCAGUGAAACAGCAUUGCAUACUUGCAUUUGAAAGCUAUUUAAUAUGCUCUAUUAACCGAAGGUCGCGGUAAUAACGAAUUAAAUGCACACGGGUAUUUUUGGUCUUCGUUAAUGAUAUUAGGGUCAGCGACCCACUUGUUUGUGUUCGAUUUUUAUCACUGUGGCUCAAGGGGGGUGAAGGGAGGGUCCAUAUUUCUUGUUUUUGUUCUGCUUUACUAAUUAGACACGGUCUGUGCUUCAACGAGACACUGAAUAAUGUCUAUUGUUCUGCCUGUAAACGUGCAGGCAGGCUGGUUUGAUCAUCUAAACCUCCUGAUUGUACAUAAUUGUAUGAAACUUUUUAGUAAAUUUGUGCAUAUACAAAGUAAUAAAUAAAAUGUUUUUUUGUUAA